CGGGAGGAGCAGGCCGCCGCGCGCAUGUCGGGCGGGGGCCCCCAGGGCGCCCCAGGCGGCGGCAGCGGGGACCACCGCGCAGUUUGUCAGUUACGUGGCCUGGGCGGGUUUGAACCUGCCACCCUCGGUGUAUGUGGCUGGCGCCGUAACCACUGUGCUACAGUUGCUGAGCCUCCUUCAGCAAAGUGUUGUCAUCUUUCUUCAGGCCAUCUAUGGACAGGCAGCCCGGAUCGCAUACCACCUGCAGUGUCCUUCCGGAGGCGGCUGGCACGGAGGCCUGGCUACAUGAGAAGCUCAACUGGGCCCAGGAUCAGGUUCCCUUCCCCAGCAGUGGGCAUGUUGCCCCAAGUCCCAGCAGGGGUGCGUGGGGAGGAGUCACACUAUUCUCAGUCCAGGGUUGGACAGUGUGGCCUUGACCUGGGAGGCCGGUGUUCAGGUCUCUUGGUCAGGAACACAGUAGUGCCUACUGUGACCUCUGUGGGCCACCCAGGCCUGGCUCUGACCUCUGUGAGAGGAACCUCAGCAGGCUUUGGGAUUCAGCUCAGAGGUGGCACUAGACUGCCUUCAGGCCCUGGGGACGCUGGGUGUCAGCAAGAGUUUUCAUCCAUGGACAGUUGUGAGGCCCCAGCUGCUGGCCGGGCUGCAGCCUGUGGUGAAGGAGUGAUUGGCGCCCGGGCAACAGGCUCUCUGGCACUAACAGAGUUGAGCAGCAACAGCUGUGGCCUUGGAAGUGGCCCCUCAGCCCUCUCAGCCCUUCCUGGCUCUCACGAAGCCUUUACCUCAAGCUUUAGCUUCAUUCGGCUUUCCCUGGGCUCUGCCAAGGAACGUGGGGAAGCAGAAGGCUGUCCGCCAUCCAGAGAAGCUGAGCACCCUCGUCAGAGCCCCCAGGACAUGGGCACCAGAGCUGCUGGCUUCUUGGACAGGCCCCGUGAGGACCCUGCACAUGACUUUCCGCCCUUCCAUCUCUCCACUACUUUGGGCUCUGCAGACUCUGCCUGGGAUGCGCCAAGCAGCCCCAGGCCAGAAUGUGGGGUGCUUUCUUCCCUGGUUGUGGACAGCAGUUCCUCCUGUGCCUUGGACCCCCUGUUGGCCGGUGGUGCUGGUGAUGAGGGCGGCAGCUGGGGGGAUGCCUGUCACCAGCACACCCUGUUCAGGACGUGGGAACCUGUGCUGCGCGGCUGCCUGCUGAGCAAUCGCAGACAGCUGAAGGUAACUUCCUUAAGGUUAAAGCUUCAGAAACUUCAAGGAGCAGCAGUUGAAGAUGACGAUUAUGACCAAGCUGAGAUGUUAAAACAAAGAUUAGAAGACUUGGAGCAGGAGAAAAGCAGCCUGCACUUUCAGCUUCCGUCCAGGCAGCCACCUCUUAACAGCUUCCUGGGUCACCUGGCGGCCCAGGUCCAGGCUGCCUUGCACCACCGGGCCGCUCAGCUGGCCAGCAGUGAUGACAGCCAAGCCGCACUCAGAAUAGAGCCCUGGCCAUUGGAACCCACUGCUCAGGACAGCCUACAUGUGUCCAUCACGAGACGAGAAUGGCUUCUUCAGGAAAAGCAGCAGUUACAGAAAGAAAUUGAAGCUCUCCAAGCAAGGCUGUCUGUGCUGGAAGCCAAAGACCAACAGCUGAGAAGGGAAAUAGACGAGCAAGAGCGGCAAGCCCAGUGGCGUGGCUGCGGCCUGAAUGCCCUGAUGGGCCAGCUGUCCCUGGGCCAGUUGCAGGAGGUCAGCCAGGCCUUGCAGGACACCCUGGCCUCAGCCAAUCAGAUUCCCUUCUGUGCAGAGCCACCUGAAUCUAUAAGGAGCCUCCAGGAAAGGAUACAGUCCCUCAACUUGUCACUAAAAGAAAUCACUACUAAGGUGUGUUUGAGUGAGAGACUCUGCAGCACUCUGAGGAAGAAGGUUAAUGACAUUGACACCCAACUGCCGGCAUUGCUGGAAGCCAAAAUGCUUGCCAUCUCAGGAAAUCAUUUCUGUACAGCAAAGGACCUCACUGAGGAGAUUAGAUCAUUAACGUUAGAGAGAGAAGGGCUGGAGGGACUCCUCAGUAAGCUGUUGGUGCUGAGUUCCAGAAAUGGUAAAAAGUUGGGAAGUGUUAAAGAAGAUUACAACAGAUUGAGAAGAGAACUGGAGUACCAAGAAACUGCCUAUGAUGGUGAAGCUGGGGGUCAGGGAGCUAAGAUAGUUGCUCACGUCCCUGAGGAUGGGAAGAGAACUGGAAUGAGACUUAUUCGUCCGGCUUCAGAUCCAUACUCUUCAUUAUGCAGCUAUAUUUCCCUGGUUGCAACAUAGUAUUCUAAUUUAUUCAUUGUCUGAAGUGCAUUCCAAGAAUCAAUGAUUACUUAAGUAUUUGAGGUAAUUAAUGACCAUUUCAUGAUUUUCUUUCUGAAGAUAAAGUGCCAAGUUGGGAUUAAUGGCCGAAGCACAUAGUCAUUUUUUAUGGCUCUAUACA